AUAAGUUUGGACUCAAAUACCAGCUUCGCUACAAGCGCUGCAAAUCUGACCACUUCCUGCAGGUGGGCCCCACUAAAGACACCACCUUAAGAAUCAAGUCAAUGCACCCAAAGGGCAAGUACUGCAUCCAGGCGACCAGGGACCACAGCACAGUGGUGGCCUUGUACCAAAGACACGUGUUCAAUGCGGUCCAGAAAGCAAAGCAUGUGGUGCAGCUACUGGGUACCCCUGUGGGCGAGGGGGAGUGUGUGCAUGCAAGACAGGGCCCCGAGUGGGCAGAUCUGAGCCUCCAGGUGCAGUGUCGAGCCUCCAGGUACCCGAUCAGCAUUGAUUGCUCCUGGACAUAUUCCCCAGCUACAAAGGACAACACGUCCACCAACUUCAUCACCACAUACAGGGUCGGAAUGGAAGACAGCAAGCCCUGCAACCAGUCGAUACCUGGCUCCCUCAGUUGCAGCAUCUCAGACUUCAUUAAUGUCUCCAAGUUGCCUCACGCGCUCAAAGUCACGGCCAUCCAACCCAGAUGCACCAGCACCACCAUCCUGGGCUUUGUACCUGAUGAAAUCAUCAAACCUGACCCUCCGGUGAACAUCCAUGUGAGCCGCAUCUCCGAGGAUCAUCUGCAGGUGCAGUGGAAUCCCCCUGGAUCUUGGCCCCUCCCAGAAACAUACAAACUCAAAUACCAGCUUCGCUACAAGCGCUGCAAAUCUAAGCACUACCGGCAGGUGGGCCCCACUGAAGACACCACCUUAACAAUCAAUUUGGUUCACUCAAAGGGCAAGUACUGCAUCCAGGUCAAUGCUCAGCACUACUUGGGCUACGGGAAGCCAAAAACAUACAAACUCAAAUACCAGCUUCGCUACAAGCUCUGCAAUGCUAAGCACUUCCUGCAGAUGGGCCCCACUCUAGACACCACCUUAAUGAUUAAAUCGGUGCGGCCGCAGAGCAAGUACUGCAUCCAGGUCAAUGCUCAGCAUUUCUUUGGCUACGGGGAGCCAAGUGAAUGGAGUCCUUCAACCAUUUAUCCCAACACUGCAGGGAACUAG